AUGCGCGCGAAAGAAGGACGAGGGGAGGUUUUUAUCCAUGGCCAGUGGGGCACAAUUUGUGAUGAUGGGUGGACUGAUAAAGAUGCAGCCGUCAUCUGUCGACAGCUUGGCUACAAGGGUCCUGCCAGAGCAAGAACCAUGGCUUAUUUUGAGGAAGGAAAAGGACCCAUACACGUGGAUAAUGUGAAAUGCACAGGAAAUGAGAGGUCCUUGGCCGACUGUAUCAAACAAGAUAUUGGAAGACACAACUGCCGUCACAGUGAAGAUGCAGGAGUUAUUUGUGACUAUGUAAGCAAGAAAGCAUCUGCUAACAGUCAUAAAGAGUCCCUCUCCUCGGUUUGUGGUUUGAGAUUACUGCACCGGCGGCAGAAGCGGAUCAUUGGUGGGAAAAAUUCCUUAAGGGGCGGCUGGCCUUGGCAAGUGUCCCUCUGGCUGAAGUCUUCCCAUGGAGAUGGCAGGCUCCUUUGUGGGGCCACGCUUCUGAGCAGCUGCUGGGUCCUCACCACGGCGCACUGCUUCAAGAGGUAUGGUAACAGCACUAAGAACUAUGCUGUUCGAGUUGGGGAUUAUCACACUCAGGUGCCGGGGGAAUAGGAGGAAGAAAUUGGAGUUCAGCAGGUCGUGAUUCACCCGGAGUACCGACCAAACGGCAGCGACUACGACAUCGCCCUGGUGAGACUGCAGGGACCAGAAGAGCAGCGUAGGAGGUUCAGCAGCCACGUCUUGCCUGCCUGUUUGCCCCUCCGGAGGGAGAGGCCACAGAAAACAGCCUCUAAUUGUUACCUCACGGCAUGGGGAGACACAGGUAAUGCAAACAAUACAAAGGAACAAAUGUGUCUGCACAUU